AUGGAAGCUCCGGACAACUUACUGAUCCACACCGGCACCAACGACCUCCACUCAAAAGGAAUGGGAGUGCUAGAGCUGCUGAAGAGGGUCGUAGAAUCGGCACGAAAAGCUUUCCCUGAGGCCAACAUCAUCCUUUCUACUCUUCCGCCACGCACAGAUUUCCCCUGGACAACAAUCCAACACAUUAACCAAGAGAUAGCUGACUACUGCUCUUCCCUCAACAUUAAAGUGGCUCACUAUCCCAACCUGACAUAUAGACACCUUUCAGACCAUGUGCACCUGAACCAGGAAGGAGUCAGGUAUUUUGUAAAAGUUUUAAAGGACACCACCCUCUGUAGAGCCCCAACCUCAGCUCAUGAGCAGAGAUUCCCCGAGCAGCCUCACCACACCCUCAGAGACAGAAGAACACUGCAGCCCGGCAGAAUCCCAGCUCGCCAGACCCAUGGACCCACCAGAAACCCACGGAGAGGUAAAAACUCCCCAGCUGCUGCACCACCCCGCCCACCUCUAAGAGCACAGGAAAGGAGUGCAACCCAGGAGGAAACCCAGCGCCCUCCUAUGCACCACCAACCCACCUACGCUGAAGUCACCCAAGGUAUUAAGCUCCAGCAACCAUCAGACCUUGGCCAGGUUCUGAUCCGUCGUUCUGCAGGGGGUUUUGAGUUGACUCCAGUGGCGGCGAUCAGCGUGCACCUGCUAGGCAGCGACGGGGCGGAGCUUCAGGUGAACGAGCCAAUCAGUGUCAGCGUGCCGCUUCCUGCCAACAGUGGCCUGAAGGAGAAUGACCACAUCCCCGCCUGGAGGUUCGACCCCAAGCUUGGCGCGUGGCUGAAGAGCAGUCUGGGCUACGUGCAGAGAGAAGGAGACGAGCUCAUCCUCACCUACAUCGCCUCACAGCUGGGCUACUGGGUCGCAGCCAUGUCUCCUCUCAACACAGGUCCAGUGGUGGCGAAGGACAUCAGCACGUACCACACGGUGUUCCUGUUGGCCAUUCUGGGAGGCAUGGCCCUGAUCUUGCUGCUCCUGCUCUGCCUACUGCUCUAUUACUGCAGGCGUAAGUGUGCUCACUCGCGGCCUUCCCACCGGAAGCUGGUGCUGUCCUCGGCACUGGACAGCUCUAAGAGGGACCAGUCCACCUCCAUGUCCCACGUCAACCUGAUCAGCGAGACGCAGCUGGACACGCUGGACCUGACGUCGCCGGGCCCCGAGGCCGACCUGCACACGCCCAUGCUCAAGCCCGUGGCGUACGUGGCCUCCUCCUCGUCGGCCGACGAGCUGACCACGGUGUCCCGCGACGACGAGGACGAGGACGAGGACAACGACCUCCCCAGCGGCCGAGGGAGCUCCCGCGCCAAUGGCCGCCACUUCCGACGCUCGGCCGAGACGCUGGAGCUGAAGGCGUGCCGCUCGACGGCGCUGUCGGAGGCGGACUACCGGCGCAGCUGCAGCUCCAUGCUGUCGUCAACGUCUCGUCUGCCCCCGCUCCUCCGCUCCUCGGCGUCCAGCUCCACGUCCUCAGCUCCACGUCCUCGCCCCACCCGCUGCUGCCGCCCAAGUCCUCCGAGGACCGCGUCGAGCGGGGGGCAGAGGCGGGACGACGAGCCUCGGCUCUCGCCGCUGAGGGACGCGCCGCGCCGGACCCCCGGCCCGACCUCCUCGCCGUGCCUGGACGGCGCGCUGGAGCGACGCGUGGGCGGAGACCUGCUCCUCUCGCGUUCGGUGGACCAGCUGGAGAGGGGACCGCUGCCGCUCUCGCUCGCCCUGCCCCCCCGGCCCGGCGCCCUGCUGUGCUGCAGCUCGGAGCUGGCGGUCAGCCAGGCCCAGAGGGAGGCGCUAGCGGGGGGGGCGUACGUCCGGCCCCGGCCCACGCUGGUCAUCCCCGCUCACUACAUGCGGCUGCCGGGGACGCACCCGCUCUCGGGACAGGCCUUCCUGCUGCAGUCGGACGAGCGCAGCGAGCUGGAGACCAUCCAGGCCGAGCUGGCCGCUUCCCACCAGCCCCUGGGGCCGGCGGCCGGCGAGGCGGCGGCCAAGGGGACCGAGGGGGGGGCAGCCGUGAACGACGGAGAGGUGGACAGAGGCGGAGGUGGAGAUGGGGGUGGAGGGGAGGGGCAGUGGGGCCAGGCGCUGUCCAUUCCCGACCGGCUGAGCCAGGCAGGCCUGGGCCUGGUACAGAUGAAUGGUGAGGACACGUUGCUGGCCGAGAAGGCCCUGAUGGAGCUGCGGGGAGGCAAGCCCCUCCCCCACCCGCGCGCCUGGUUCGUCUCGCUGGACGGCCGCUCCAACGCGCACAUCCGCCACUCCUACAUCGACCUGCACGGGGCCGGCCGGGGCCCCGCGCCUGCCGGACGCCGCAACGACGCCAGCCUGGACUCGGGCGUGGACAUGGGCGAGGUCAGGGGGCCUGGGUGGCGCCGGGCGGCAGCGGUGGCUACGGAGGGCCGGACGACCCCUCGGGACACGCCUCAGUCGCCCCCGAUGACCGCCGCCGCUCCCCUCCCUCCGCCACAGCUGGCCCCGAGUGUCACCUACACGCAGCUGGUGUUUCUGGAAGAUUCCAACGGCAACGCCAGCCAAGGAGGAACCCCGGUCCUCAGCCCGCAGUCGGAGGGGAACGGAGUGAGAGAGGAGGAGGAGGAGGAGAGGAGACACGUGGAGGAAGGGGGGGACACGGGGUCCUCGACGUCCCCCUCGCCCCCCUCACCCCUGCCCCCUCCCCUCCACUCGCCCCCUCCUCUGCCUGAGCCCAUGGAGGAGGAUGAGGAGGAUGAGGAAGAGGGCUUCAGGACUGAGCCUGCUCAGACGCGCCUGCAGGCUCCGCCACCUGGCGAGCUGGUCGUCCCCGACGACAGCGGCGAGGACGAUAACAAGAAGAGCCCGUGGCAGAAGCGCGAGGAGCGACCACUGCUGGCCUUUCAGUGACCCUUGACCCCCCCCCGGCUCUUUCAACUCUCGCCUCUUGCACGGUCUGCGCACAAACCAGGGCGGGUAGAAGCACUGCUGGGAGGAGUCGCCAAACAGGAAGUGCUAACGUUUGUAUGUGAGAGUGUUUCUACGUGCAUUCUAUGUUACUCCCAGAAGCAAAAAUGCAUAGCGUUAUCCCAGUACAAUAUAGUUACUCUGUGCUACUCAGCUCCACCUUUGUAAAGAGGGAGUCCGAAAAGAAAAGGGGGUGAGGAGCAGGAAGAUGGACUAGAGAAGCACUAGAGCUUAUCGCCCCCUAGAGGACACCUGUGAACACAGCACUAUUGUUCAUAUAUUUGCUGCUUUGCUGAAUUUUUGGGGCGUAUUGGGUAUUCUCAUCCAAAGUCUGCAGGAGAAGAGUAUAGGAGAUGAACUCCAGUUUUGUUUUUUGUUUUUAUAAACGUCUUUCAAUCUUAGAACAUGGGUCCUCCUUUGACAGGAAACAGCCACACGUUCUGUUGGAGGGACAUGCAAAACACACACACACACACACACACACACAAAUACACACAUUGUUCUUCCAGUGGUUUUGGAUCCACAGUGCAAUCAGUCAUGCUCAGCUCAGCACUCUGCUGUGGCUGGUAUUGAGGGUCAGGCCUGGACGCUGAGCUCCUAGCGGGUGGCUGCUCCAGUCCCUCUCAGCUUCACGGCGUCAGGACACUCAGAAGACACAAGACACUCAGAAGACACACGAGACGGACAGCUGUGCAGCUAUGCAAUGCUUUUUUUUAUUUUAUUUUGUUCUUAAAUGAAAGAAUCCUCUAUGGCUUCCAGUGCUGGUUUGAACCACUACUUGUUUUUAUUUAGUAUGCCAAUUUAUUUUACUCAAGUUAUUUUUAUGUCUCUGGUUGUUUUCACUCUUUGUGUAUGGAUGGAUGUCGUCUGGAUUAUGUUGGCACACACACGUGGAUGCACACACAGGCACGGAUAUGUCCUAAAACCAAAUAUUUAGUAGUAAUGGGCUCAGAUCUGUUGUCUCAUGUCCAAGUGCCUUUACUGUGUUCAACACCAAAAAUAAUGCAGCCCCCCCACACUGAUGCAGCCCCCCCCACACUGAUGCAGCCCCCCCCACACUGAUGCUCUCCCUCCAGUCCUCAGAGAACCGCACCCAGACCUUCACUUCGCUUUCAUUUCAUCUAAAUCACCCCUCUUACAUUAGUCUGUGGCGUUAACAUUUUACUCCUGUUCUCUCCGUCCCCCCUCUUUCAUGUCUUGACCUCUGUUGGACAACCCAUAUGCAGUAGCACCAUGGUCUUUCUCGUCUCUCGUUGACCCUGACCAAAUCCUAUAAGGAUGUGGCUCCACAGAAAUAACUGAUGUGGGACUGGUCUGUGUUUUAGUGUGCGUAUAGAUACCGUCUUACAACCCUUCACAUGUUUGCGUGUGCCCUUGUGUGUGUGUGUGUGUGUGUGUGUGUGCCCAUUUUUGUAUAUGUUUUUCACAUAUUCCUGUGUAUGUCAUUGGUUUGUUGGCAAACCUAAUUUUCUUUGCCUUAAAGGUGUGUGUGUGUGUGUGUGUGUGUGUGUGUGUGUCAUUGUAUGUUCACAUGCAAAUGCUUGUGUAUAUUACUGGCCUGUCAACACAUAUUUGUAUUUGCCUUAGUAGAAGUGUCUUACCAUGUGUGUGUGUUUGGGUGACUUGUGUUCACCUUCAUAUACCUGUGAGUGUCGGGUCUGAUGGCAAACUCUGUGUGUGUGUGUGUGUGUGUGUGCUCAUAUAUGACUCAGUCUCUCUGAGAUACAGAAAUAUUUGCAGAAAUAUGUGCAGUUCCUCUUGCAGCCUGUGUUCUGUUUUUAUUUAGUAAGAGCUUCAUUUACCUUGACAACCACUUAAGAACUAUUCCACUGCACAAUGUCUUAGAACAGACCACUCUACUCAACGGCAGCCCCCACUCCAUGCCAAUCUGCUAUGUGGAAAUCUGCAUUGUGCCCCUCUGCUGCAGUCUGUACUCCCUCGGUCUCCUCUGUUCUUCCAUGCUUGGAAUGUAUGGUUGCUUGUACAAUGGUUCACACUUAAAUAAACUCUUAGACAAACUCUAAA